AUGCACCCCUUCGGGCCGCCCGGGCCGCCGCCGCCGCUCGCCCGGGACCUGCUGGAUGCCGCGGGAUGCUCCGCUCCCUUCCCGGCGCCCCGGCCCCCCGCGCAUCCCGCCGCCAGCCCGUCCCUGUGGCCGGGCGGCCCCUGCUCCCCGUGCCCGCCCGCCGGGGCGGUGCUGCCGCCGGGCCCCGCGGGUGCGGGCCGAGGGUGGCCGGGGGUGUCCCCGCUAUCCCCGCUGUCCCCGCUGUCCCCGGCCCGGCCGCCCUACUCGUACUCGGCGCUGAUCGCCAUGGCCCUGCACAGCGCGCCCGGCCGCCGCCGCACCCUCAGCCAGAUCUACCAGUUCGUGGCGGAGAACUUCCCCUUCUACCGGCGCGGCAGGGCCGGCUGGCAGAACUCCAUCCGACACAACCUCUCCCUCAACGACUGCUUCAGGAAGGUGCCGCGGGACCAGGACGACCCGGGCAAAGGCAACUACUGGACCCUCGACCCCAACUGCGAGAAGAUGUUCGAUAACGGGAAUUUCAGGAGGAGGAGGAGGCGGCGGGCGGAGGGGGCCGGAGCGGCGGAGGCGGCCGGGGGCGGCGGCGGGGGCGCGGGGGUGGCGUGUCCCCCUGGCCCCGAUGCCACCCUGUAUGGCCGCGCCGGGGGCCAGCCCUGACUGGAGCCCCCCGGGCGCACCCAGGUGCACUGAGGCACGAGAGAGGAGUAUUUUUGUAACGUGUAAAUGAUACGAAGUUCUAGAUGCAACUUUUUGGGCUGAGCUCUGUAUUUUCACCUUGAGACUGUUUCUCCUGGGACAAUAUCCCAUUGCAGGACCCUGGAAAUGCAGGAAAACACAAAAAUGAGAAGCCCAGGAGGCUGCAGGUGCUUCAAGCUUUCCCAGAAAAGCCUUUGUUAGUUCACCUGGGUCCUGCUUUGGGGAAAUCCAUGGACAGCUCAGUGAAAGGAUCCCACUCCACUGCCAGAACCUUUCUUCAGAGACUGUUUAAGGUGAUGAUUCAAUGUGUACAUGGAGGCCAUCAUUUGUAUUUCUUUGUGCUCCUUUUGUUCUCUAAUUCUACUUUUGUGUCUUG